GUAACAACAGUAUGGAGUAAUAAUAAUAAUAAUAAUAAUAAUAAUAAUAAUAAUAAUAUUAAUAAAGGGUGUCAGAGUCUUCCCGCCUGUGUCUGCGCGGUCCUGAGCUCUUGGACAGCUCCCUGCAGAUGAACUCUGUGGUCACUGUGACUGGAUCAGUCAUGGAGAAAACGUUCCGCCAGUGGAAGAAGCAGAGUCUGAACAAGCUGGACCACAGUAAGAAGGGCACAGUGGACGAAGACAUCCAGCAUGUCGUGUCUCUGCUCAACAGCCGGGAGGAGUACUUCACCACCAGCUCCUGCUCCGGGAGAAUCGUCCUCAUCGACGGGGCUGCAGACAGAAGUGAUGUCCAGAAGCAGGACUGUGUUUGGCUGUUUGUCUCACACCACAAAUGUCAACCAGAGGACGUGAUAUCUGGUGUGUCCAGGUCCGGUGGAGACGCUAUGUUGAAGUUUGAGCCCUUUGUGCUCCACGUUCAGUGUCGGCGGCUCGAGGACGCACAGCUCAUGCACUCUGUGGCCAUCAACUCAGGCUUCAGGAACUCUGGUCUGACUGUCGGCAAGACGGGGAAAAUCAUCACGGCAGUCCGGAGCACCCACGGCCUGGAGGUUCCUCUCAGCCAUGAAGGAAAGCUCCUGGUUGAACAUGAAUACAUCCAUUUCCUGACUCAGAUAGCCAAUCAGAAGAUGGAGGAGAAUCUCAGACGGAUCGACAGGUUCUACCAGAAUCUCCAGUCAGCCCUGUCUGCAGAGAAACUACAAAAACUACAAAUCCCAGAUCCUCCCGCCUCACAGGAACUUCAAGAUUCCCCUCAUAGUCUGGAGACAGAGAAGGGGGAGUCAGAAGAAAAGGAGAAGAAGAAGAAAACAAGCGUGUACAAACGGAGGCGGAAGAGAGAACAGCACCGUCAGACUGACUGUUGCCAUGGUGACGGGUCCAGCAGUGUGUCUGAGCCGGACCACAGUCUGGAUCUGUUCACAUGAAGUGGCGCUGACAUGCUGCUUUUAUCACAGAGUGUGUCUCUUUUGUGGAUGUUUUACUGCUGAUUAUAAAUUUGGUCAGACAUAGCUGGUCACCAUGGUAACUGGCACUGCACCACUAACCUGCUCCAGGGCAGCUUUAAAACAAGUGAACAGCCUGCUGCUGAUGAAUCAGCUCAGCCUUUGUUUCUGUAGGAUCCCAGUGUGGACUGAAGUAUUCAUGGACAGUGACAUGAUAAUAAAGACGUUUUCUACAUCAGGGUCACCGUCAUUUGACAAAUGAAGCAAGCAUCUACGAGCUACAACUACAGCUCCCAUGAGGCUUUGACAGCAUAGUUUAAAUGUUUAAAUGUAGUUUGAAUUUUGUUAAAAUAACAUGGUGCACACAUUGACUGUCCAAUACAGAUAUUCAUUUACACUAUGGAGCAGUGUUUCCCAAACAUUUUACCACCAAGAUCAUUUAUUGUUGACUAAAAGAAAAGCAGUUGUACUGAUCUGCACUUCUCUUUCUAAUAUUUCCAAUUUGGAGCCACAAUUUCAAAAAAGGUUUUUUAACUGUUUAUUUUUAUGUCCUCUAACUAAUGUGCCAUCACAUUCCGCUUGUAACUAAUCAUAGAUAUAUGCACAUAUGCUACAUGCAGUGAUUACAGAGCAGG